GUCUCAUUGGUUGAUGCCUUCCCUUUGGUCAAGGUUGCGCUUGUAGACUUGAAUCGCAGCAGGAAACGACUGGAGCUCCGGCUUUUACGCACAAGCAGCAGCAGAGUGAAGUGAGCCGAAGCUCAGCUGUGACUCGUCCUGUUUGUGUUCUCACGCCACUGAGGAAUCUCUCACCCAUCUGCAGCAGCAGCAGCAGCAGCAAUCAUGGAUGAAAUGGAGGAAGAGUUAAAAUGUCCAGUUUGCGGCUCGUUUUUCCGGGAGCCCAUCAUACUGCCGUGCUCCCACAACAUUUGCUUGGCUUGUGCUCGGAAUAUCCUGGUACAGACGCCGGACGCGGAGUCUCCACAGAGCAGCCGAGCCUCCGGCUCCGGCGUCUCCGACUAUGAUUACCUGGAUUUGGAUAAAAUGAGCCUGUACAGUGAGGCGGACAGUGGGUAUGGAUCAUACGGAGGCUUCGUGAGCACCCCGACCACUCCUUGCCAAAAAUCACCAAACGGGGUGCGGGUUUUCCCUCCGAGUGUCCCCCAGCCUCCUCCGCAGCAUCACCUGCUACCACAGCCCGGCUCUUUACCCCCGAUUCCCCGCAACUCCUGCAUCACAUGCCCGCAGUGUCACCGCAGUCUCAUCCUCGACGAGCGGGGUCUCCGCGGAUUCCCCAAGAACCGGGUGCUCGAGGGCGUUGUGGACCGGUACCAGCAGAGCAAAGCGGCCGCUCUCAAGUGUCAGCUGUGCGAGAAGAGUCCGAAGGAGGCCACGGUGAUGUGCGAGCAGUGCGACGUCUUCUACUGCGACCCGUGCCGCCUGCGGUGCCAUCCUCCCCGCGGUCCCCUCGCCAAGCACCGCCUGGUGCCGCCGGCGCAGGGGCGCAUCAGUCGCCGCACGAGUCCCCGCAAAAUCUCCACUUGCACAGAACACGAACUGGAGAACCUGAGCAUGUACUGUGUGCAGUGUAAGACGCCGGUGUGUUAUCAGUGUCUGGAGGAAGGAAAACACGGGACACACGAGGUCAAAGCUCUGGGCGCAAUGUGGAAACUGCACAAGGGUCAGCUGUCCCAGGCUCUCAACGUCCUGUCAGACCGAGCCACUGAGGCCAAGGAGUUCCUGGUCCAGCUGAGAAACAUGGUCCAGCACAUCCAGGAGAACGGCGUGGAGUUCGAGGCGUGUCUGGUGGCCCAGUGCGACGCCCUCAUCGACGCGCUGAACCGGCGCAAGGCCCAGCUGCUGUCCCAAGUAAACAAAGAGCACGAGCACAAGCUAAAAGUGGUUCGAGAUCAGAUCUCCCACUGCACGGUGAAGCUGCGUCAGACCACGGGGCUGAUGGAAUACUGUCUGGAGGUCAUCAAAGAGAACGACCCCAGCGGCUUUCUCCAGAUCUCCGACGCUUUGAUCCGGAGGGUCCACAUGACGGAGGGCCAGUGGGGGAAGGGGACCCUCACCCCGAGGAUGACCAGCGACUUCGACCUCACCCUGGACAGCGGGCCCCUCCUGCAGACCAUCCACCAGCUGGACUUUGUCCAGAUGAAAGUCCCAGCUGCCCCGAUGCUCCAGCUGGAGGAAUGCUGCACUCAGAAUAACAGCGCCACGUUGUCAUGGAAACAGCCACCGCUCUCCACCAUCGCCGUGGAAGGAUACAUCCUGGAGCUGGACGACGGGAACGGGGGACCGUUCAGGGAAGUGUACGUGGGGACGGAGACCAUCUGCACAGUGGACGGGCUUCACUUUAACAGCACGUACAAGUCCAGGGUGAAGGCCUUCAACGCCAGCGGAGUGGGCCAGUACAGCAAGACGCUGAUCAUGCAGACGUCUGAGACUGGACUCCCUCCAUGCGAUAUUCAGUCUAUAGGCUCAGUUGCUUGGUUCACCUUUGACCCGGCCUCCGCCCACCCGGACAUCAUCUUCUCCAACGACAACCUGACGGUGACGUGCAACAGCUACGAUGACAGGGUGGUCAUGGGGAACUCGUCUUUCUCCCGCGGCGUGCAUUACUGGGAGAUGACCGUCGACCGCUACGACAACCACCCCGACCCGGCGUUUGGCAUCGCCCGGGGGGACGUCAUGAAAGAGGUGAUGCUGGGGAAGGACGACAAGGCCUGGGCCAUGUACGUGGACAACAACAGGUCCUGGUUCAUGCACAACAACUCGCACACUAACAGGACGGACGGCGGCAUCAGUAAAGGAGCCACGAUCGGUGUGCUGCUUGACUUCACGCGCAGGAUCGUCAUCUUCCUCAUCAACGAUGAGCAGCAGGGUCCCGUCGCGUUCGAAGGGCUGGAGGGCGUCUAUUACCCCGCUAUAAGCCUCAACCGAAAUGUCCAGGUCACGCUGCACACUGGACUACCCAUCCCUGAUUUCUACACACCCGGGGAGGCCGAUGCGACUGGCUCUGUGUGCUAAAGGCACAACACCCAGUUUGGCUAAAAACCUCUCUCUUUAUCCUUUAUCCUGCCGGUCCAAAAACUAUGAUCCCAGCCUCUUCUUCUCCUCUUGUCCCCCUGACCGGCUGACCCCUGGCUCUCUGUAUCAGGCCCCAUCUAGCGCUAAGCCAUGCCUUUAUCAUGCCUAAACUUCAGACACGUGGACCACCUGCAGAAUACUACAGUCUAAAAGGAUGAUGUUUAUGAUGGCGAUAGCACUCGUACCAUGAUCAUUAGCUGAUGGCUAAUGGAUCUGGAACUGAUUGGUCUUGAAUGUUAUUGUACAUUGAUUUUAAUAUGUGUUAAAAUAUGUUACUCAUAUUUUUUUUUGGGGGGGGGGGAUAUGCUUAGUUGCUCUUAUGCCAAGAAUUAGAAGAGAGUAUUUGUAUCACUGUCAUUUUUGUCCAUUAAAUAUGUACCUACGGCCGGCAGCUAACCGAGCUUAGCUUAGCUUAAGGUCUCAAAAUAGCUACCGUGGCUAUGUCCAAAGUUCAAACACACCUCUGCCGACAACUUUAAAGGUCAUACAUUCCACAUGCACUCUUGUUUUGGUCGAAAGAGACCGUGAAGAAAACGAUAGCCAUAGAAACUUGCUUGAGUUUAUGUAACAACUACUGCGCAACGCAAGAAACUGACUUAUUUGCUCAACCCUCCGUUUUUUCCAACCAUGUCAGGAAACUACGGUGGCCUUCGAAGUCCAGAAAAGAUGUAAACUUUCUCUUCAGUUUCCGUUUUCUUCUACAUUGGUUUAAGUAUCAGGUUUAUGCGGUUUCAAAAUGGGGAAGUCUGUCUGUUCUCGGCUGCUGUUUUAACAUGGCGGCACAAAAUGGCUGCCUCGAUAAAACAAGUCCCUUUUUUUUUUCUUCUUUUUUUUUUAAAUAAUAGAUUCAUUUUGCAUCAAAUAAGUUUAUAUUAUGAACUAUUAUCAUUCAAAACAAAGUCUUUUGUUUCACAUAUAAAAGGAAAACUACAAAAACCAAAGAACUUAUUUAAAUUUAAAUGGAAACAAACACACAGGUGGUAGGUAUUCAAUUUGUGCCAAUAGGCCCCUAAAAUGUUACAAUAGACCUUUAAUACGGUGGGUGUUUGGUGUCUAUUUUCUGAUUUUGGCCCAAAUUGCUAAGCUAAGCUAACUACCUGCUGUGGCUUCACAUUUAUUUUACAGGGAUCAAUACAAAAAGUAGGAAGGUCACUUUUUUCAUACCAUCGACUCACAGUUCAGUAUAUUUAUUUGUCAUCAUUAUUCUCUUUUAUAUAUAUACAAGCACACAAAAUAUCUUAUGUAUCAUCUGCCACCUGUCAUCUCCACUGAAACACCAGGGGGCGCAUGAGAGGCCUUGUCUGUGUGAAUAUGUGUGAGGGAGGGUGGGUUCGGGACGACGUGGACGAGAGCAAUAGCCCCCGAUUCUCAGCUGCAUCGCCGUCGCGCCGUCGUCCUUGUAAAUGAGAUGCUUUUUUCUUAGUGGCUGAGCUCGCGUGAACCUUCUGUUUCGUUCAUAGAAGAAAAACGACAAACAAAACGAAGAAAAACAACAAAAAAAAAAACAGCGUUGGUGUUUAAAGAGCGAGGCCUUCGCGCAGCAGGCAGCCUUUCUUUUCUGCUGUGUCAGGACGUUUGUUUUAAUGUAUCAUAAAAGCAGGUCAUUCCUGUGCGUUGGAGUGAGUUGACUGUGAAGCUGCUUGAAUACGGUGCUACAGCGGCUCGUUUUCGUUUCGGCUUUUUUUUUUUUUUACCGUAGGCGACUGAAUCUUGGUAGUUUUAUAUGAUAUUGUUACGGAGAUGAUAUAUAUCGCAAAGAUGUGUAUAGCCAAAUAAGUUAAUGAAGUUUUUCAUUGAGGAUUUCACAAUUUGUUCCUUUAUUCGAUGUCCUGUUGUUACAGAAUGAAAGAUGGGAAAAAAAUGUAGUUUGUGAUAAAAACUAAAGAAACAGUGAAUGUCCGACUAAAGCAACAGGAACGGCGACGAUGCUCUGGGAUUAUUUUUGUGUAAAUCACAUUUAGGCAACAGUGUCCUCAACUGCUAAUCUGUACCAUUUCUACAUUUCUCCAAUUUACUCACUAAAACAAAAAUACUGUGAUGGCUGAUGAUGAUGAGGUGUCACUAGUUAUUUCAUCAUUCAAUUCUUCCUCAGGGGGACAUGUGUACGUUUUAUGAAAGUUUUAUGGCAUUUCAUCCAAUUAAUUGUUGACAUAUUUAAUUCAAAACCAUAAGAGAGUCUCCUGGUGGAACUGCCACCGUUUGUGGUAGUUCUUUGUUUCUCACAGAUCUGCACAAAUGUCACGCAGUAAUCAUUUGGAAUGUUAUUUUUCAAUUCGAGGGAACUGUUGCGCAUGAAACGUGCACAAAAACCUGUUUCCCUCCGCAUCGUCGCCCCUGAUACAAACAGUUACGCGUCUAGCAUUUUCAUACGGUGCUAUCAUGUGUUUGAGCUUCAUGAGUGUGCCUUGUUCCCCCUCUUCAAUAACCCAAAACAGUUCUCUGAGACUUUGCUACGAGAGUCAACCUCAACAUCUGUGAUGCCUGACUUCACCUGCUGCUGCACAGUUUUUUUUUUUUUACCAUUUAAAGGGCAAAAUUCAACAUAAUAUUUGCAAGUACUGAAUAGAAUACUACAAAAUUUUUACUUUACUCUUUCCCUGGGAUGUUUACACUGAUUAAGUCAUCUUGGACCGACAUCACACGGCUUCUCAAAUGCCUGAACCCUUUUUACGUGAUGUAAAAACUUGUGGCGUGUGCAUGUGUGCUUACACGGCGAUCGGUUAAACACAGCUAUUGCAGCAGCUUUGCACCGGCUUCGGUGCAAGGCUGAGUUCAAGCGUCGACUUAUGCAACAUUUAAUGUUUUUAAAGGUAAAGCCUCUUGUCUGGCCGUAAUUAUAUAAAAAAAAACCACAGUACAAUAGCAGCUCGUUCAGCAGUGGGUCACUGACUCAAA